AUGACUAUCGAUCAUGAAGUCUCCCAGGAAUUACAGGCUCUCAGAAAUGAGAACAAUCUCUUGAAACAAAAAUUAGCCCAAUCUACUUCACAAAGCAUCCUUGAUACUUCAUCUAAAACAUCGACUUCUUCAUCAACAACAACUUCGGAACUUUCACUUCUAGAAUACAGAAGAUAUGGACGUCAAUUGCUAGUUCCUCAACUAGUUGAAAACCUGUCAUCUCCAACAGAGGCACAACUCCUGCUCAAGAACGCCAAAGUGUUGGUGGUGGGAGCCGGCGGUCUUGGUUCUCCAGCUCUAUUGUAUUUGGCUGCCUCCGGGGUUGGUCAAAUUGGAAUAGUCGAUCCUGACACCGUUGAUAUGUCGAAUUUACAUCGUCAAAUCAUCCAUUCUACCACAACUCUUGAUUUUCCAAAAGUGCAAUCUGCAGCAUUGGCGAUGAAGAACAUCAAUCCGUUUUGCCAGGUUACCACAUACCAUGAGCCACUCAAUAAUUUGAACUCCUGGUCAAUAGUUGAAAACUAUGAUGUGGUGCUAGAUUGUACCGACACCCCGCAACUGCGAUACUUGAUCAAUGAUGCGUGUGUGGUGGCCGGUAAGCCAUUGGUUUCGGGUUCAGGAAUCAGGACCGAAGGUCAAUUAUCUAUUUUCAACCACUUAAAUGGCCCAUGCUACCGUUGCUUUUUCCCUAACCCUCCUGCCCCAAACAGCGUCACUGCCUGUAGCGAUGCAGGGGUCAUUGGUCCUUGUAUUGGAUUGAUUGGGACGAUGAUGGCGGUGGAAUGUCUCAAGAUUUUGACUCAUCAUUAUACACAAGAUAAUUUCAAACCAUUCAUGACAAUGUAUAAUGGAUUCCUGGAGCAAGGUUCACAGUCUCUAAGAACAUUUAAGAUGCGUGGCCGGAAGGCUGAUUGUUUAUCUUGUGGAGAUGCAAAGAAAAUUACCAGAGAGGAUAUUGAAGCAGGGAAAAUCAAUUAUUCUCAGUUUUGUGGCACCAAUAUUGAUCGCUAUGAUGUCAUUGAUUAUAAGACUCAGCAGGUGAGCAUUGAAGGUUUUAAAUCCAAGUACGACACCCUAUUGGAAUCUUUAAGUGAGGAGUGUGGCAAUAAUGAUAACAAUAUUAUUGUCAUUGAUGUCCGUCCGGUGGAGCACUGGAAUAUUGUUCAUUUGCCGCAUUCUAUUCAUUUACCUUUAGCAAGGCUCAAAAGGAUCGAUACCUUAGACGAUCUCACUAAUAUCGUGCCGAAAUUAAAAGUUUCUUCCCAAGUGUUUGUGAUUUGUCGAUAUGGCAAUGAUUCGAGAAUUGCCACAAAGAUAUUACUGGAUAAAUUUGGGAUUUCUGCGAAAGAUGUGGCCGGCGGGUUGUUCCGUUGGGCCAAGGUUGUAGAUCCUAAUUUUGUGGUGUAUUAG